CCAUAACCAAACCGUUACAUAACGUCGCACGACAUAUAUUGUGUCGUACAUUCAUCCGGUGAACCGGAAAUUUGUCCUCUGGGCUUUGCCGUAGUCAGGAAGUAGCGACUGCGUGCUAAUUUGUUUUUUCGUUUUUUCAAUUGUAGAAAAUGUUUGCCUGAAAAUGGCUGAUGAGGUGUCUGCUGACAGUGUCACCCUGAAUCUCCUGUUAAAUGCCAGGGAGACAGUAAGAAGCAGCCCCCUGGGGGUCAUCAACACCCCCAUGAUACCCUGGAGCCAGACCACCUUGCCUCCCAACAACGCUCGCAACAUCCACAUCAAAUUGGAGAACAUGCAAAGAACUGGGUCCUUCAAAAUUAGAGGGGUGGCCAAUCAGUUUGCCAGGAGACCAAACGGUGGUCAUUUUGUCACCAUGUCUGCUGGAAAUUAUGGGAAGGCGUUUGCGUAUGCGUCAAAACACUAUGGGUCGAAAGGGAAAGUAGUGAUGCCUGAAACUGCACCAGUGUCCAGAUCCGUUCUUAUCCAGAGUUACGGGGUAGAUGUGGAGCGAGUUCCCACUUCCUGCCUGAUGAAUGUGGUGAAGCGUUGUGUUCAAGAGGACAACAUGACCUUCCUGCACUCCUAUGAUGACCUUGAUCUGAUAGCAGGCCAUGCCAGUCUGGGUCUGGAGGUCCUGGAGGUGGUGCCUGAGCCUGAUGUGAUGGUUGUGUGCUGCGGAGGUGGUGGACUGCUGGCCGGGGUGGCAGCUGCAGUUAAACUAUCAGGCUGCAAGAAGACCAGAAUCUAUGGUGUGGAACCAGAAGGAGCCUGCACCAUGUUUAAGAGCUUCAUAGAGAAGAGGCCGGUGGACAUGGACACACACAGUAUUGCAUCAGGACUUGCACCGCCAUUCGCAGGCACGCUGCCCUACGAGUUGUGCCAGCGUUACGUGGAAGGAAUUGUCCUGGUGAGCGAUGAUGACAUCAAGGCGGCCGUGUCCACGCUCUACAAGGCGGGCCUGGUGGUGGAGCCAUCAGGGUCCGCUGCUUAUGCCGCCAUCGCUUCCAACAAGAUACCUAAACUUGAGGGGAAGGACGUUGUCUGUAUUCUAAGCGGUGGGAACCUCGGCAAAGACGAGCUCGGAAACUUCCCAGACUGACAGAUGAGUCCAUAGGAUACCUCAGUAAUGGAGGCGGAACAGUAAAAUUAAAUAAAACUUUUCUUUUUAA